UGGUGAUGGCUUUGUAGUUGCAGACUGUGAAAUAGAGUACGAUCUGUACACCGCGGGGCAGCACGGGAAUCAUAACUUUUAUAUUUCAAAACCGCCGUGGGUUGCGCAGUUAGCAAGCGGGUAGGCUGGCUAGCUUGCAUAAUUUAUCCGUUAUUCAAUCCAAUACAGUAGCAAACGUUAAUAAUGGCAACAAUGUCUGGUGGACCGAUCCCCGGGCCCAGCCAGUCGGGCAGUGGUACGGGAAUGUACCGGAAAAGGGACGGCAAUCCGUCUUCGAAAUACUGGGAAAGCCCAGAGAUCCUAGCGCAGUUGGAGGUGGUACGACAGUGGAUUGGCAAACACUACAAAAAGUAUGUGCAGGUUGACCCUCCCACCUGUCAAGCCCUGGCUGCUUUGACUCUGCAACUUCUGCAGUUCCAAGAGGACACCUUCGGUAGACGGUCUAACAACCCCACACUCACAAAACUACCCGCGCGCUGCUUCCUGGACCUCGGAGCAGGAGGAGGACUCUGCCACAUCCUUGGCUCUGCCUACAAAUUCAGAACAGAGCAAGGCUGGCGUAGAUUUGAUCUGCAGAACCCGUCCAGAACAGAACGCAAUGUCGAGAUGUUUGUCACCCUGGAGAAGACUCUAGUCCAGAACAACUGCCUGUCCCAACCCUUAGUGUACCUGGAUUCAGAUAUGGAUGCAGACCUGGCCGGCAGACUGAGUGACAUUGUCUUAAAGCAUCAGGGCUCUCUGACUGAAGACCACAGCCAGGCCUCUCAUCAUGUCUAUCCCUCACUGGCCUCCACUGACCAAGAUGAGUGGGUGCGUCCUGUCAUGCGGAAGGACAAGCAUGUCCUGGUCCACUGGGGCAUGCAUCCUGACAGCUAUGACGCCUGGCUGUCCUCCAGUGAUGUGGAGGGAGAUGUAGAGGAACAGCCACUCCCCGAGAGACCCUGGAGGGUACAUGCGGGGUGGGUGUUGGACACUGAUGUCUUCAACGAGUGGAUGAACGAGGAAGACUACCAUGUGGACGAGAGAAGCACCCCCCUCAUGCUCCGCAAGCGUGUCCAUCUCAGAGACCAUCAGGACCGCAAGGCAACCCCAGCAAAGAAAAGACGGCGCUCCCCCUCCCCCCCCACAGAAAGCAAGAAGAAAGGAGGGAAGAAAGGGAGGAGGCGUGGCCACCAGGAGGGGGAGCAAGAUGAGGACCUGACCAAAGACAUGGAGGACCCCACCCCUGUGCCCAACAUGGAAGAGGUCAUCCUGCCCAAGAAUGUCAAUCUGAAGAAGGACAGUGAGAAUACGCCUGUCAAAGGAGGAACCAUGGCUGAUCUCGAUGAACAGGAAGAUGACUUCCCACUUCCUGGAGGAAGGGAAGAGGAGGAGGGCAGGGGGGAGAUGUCUCGUCUGUCUGAAGGAGAAGACAACAUCACAGAACAGACUCAUCACAUCAUCAUUCCAAGCUACUCCUCCUGGUUCAACUACAACAGUAUUCACCAGAUUGAGAAACGAGCCCUGCCUGAGUUCUUCAACGGGAAGAACAAGUCCAAAUCUCCAGAGAUAUACCUGGCAUAUCGUAACUUCAUCAUCGACACCUACCGCCUGAACCCCCAGGAGUACCUCAGCUCCACAUCCUGCAGACGCAACCUCACUGGAGAUGUGUGUGCUGUCAUGAGAGUGCACGCCCUGCUGGAGCAGUGGGGGCUGGUGAACUACCAGGUGGAUGCAGAGAGCAGACCCCUCCCUAUGGGCCCCCCUCCCACCCCCCACUUCAACGUCCUGGCUGACACCCCCUCUGGCCUGGGCCCCCUGCAGCACAGGCCUCUGCAGGUCUCCGCCUCUCAGCACAUGUUGCAUUUCCCAGAGCGGAGCAGAGACAAGCCGUCAGACAUUCAGAACUUUGGCCUGCGCACCGACAUCUACGCCAGGAAACACCCCAAGAGUAAGGGGGCGAGUGCAGGUAGGGAGUGGACAGAGCAGGAGACACUCCUACUGCUAGAGGCCUUGGAGGUGUACAGGGAUGACUGGAACAAGGUAUCGGAACAUGUGGGUUCUCGCACCCAGGACGAGUGUAUCCUUCACUUCCUACGUUUGCCAAUAGAAGACCCCUAUCUGGAAGACUCCUCCUCCUCCCUAGGCCCAUUGGCCUACCAGCCUGUUCCUUUCAGCCAAUCAGAGAACCCUGUUAUGAGCACCGUGGCGUUCCUGGCUUCCGUGGUCGACCCGCGAGUUGCUUCCGCCGCCGCCAAAGCAGCGCUUGAGGAGUUCUCUCGUGUGCAGGAAGAGAUGGUUGAGAGAGAUCUAGAAUCUAUUUCUGUCUCAGUUCAGCAUGAAAAGACAGAAUCGAUGGAUUCGGACAAAAUGGAGACAAACUCCCAGCAGCCCCUGCAGGUCACAGGGAGAGUGGAUGGACAGAAUGUUCCAGAGCUCAGCGUUGGAGAGAUGUCAGAGGGAGACCGGGUGAAGAGAGAGAACGCUGAGUCAACCGUAUCGGAAGAGAGAGACUUACAAGUCAGGGGGGAGGAGGAGGGUGUGCUGCGAAGGAUAGGAGAGGGGGAGGAGACCAGAACUGGAGGAGAAGUGGAGCUGGCCGAGGCCACCGUCGCCACGGCAGCAGCAGCAGCUCUGGCCUCGGCCGCCACCAAGGCCAAGCACCUGGCUGCCGUGGAGGAGAGGAAGAUCAAGUCCCUGGUGGCUCUGCUGGUGGAGACCCAGAUGAAGAAGCUGGAGAUCAAGCUGAGGCAUUUUGAGGAGCUGGAGACCAUCAUGGACCGCGAGAAGGAGGCUUUGGAGCAGCAGCGUCAGCAGCUGUUGUCAGAGAGGCAGAGUUUCCAUGCGGAGCAGCUGAAGCAUGCAGAGAUCAAGAUUCGCCAGCAGAGGGAGCAACAGGGACAGGCACCGUACUCACUCCAACAUUCAGGCCAGUCCAUGCCCGUUCGGGUGAUGGCCGGCGGGGGAAAUGCCCAGACCAUGGCCCCACGCCACCCUGGAGCCCCAAACGGCAUGUACCCUGCCGCCACACAGCCUGAUGGGAUAGCAGCAGCCCAGGCAGGUCCUCCAGCUCCACACCGAGGAGGAGACUCAUGAGACACUGCAGUCUUCACCAAACACACCCACUCUUUCUGUGUAUACUGUCUGUGGCUCCGCCUGUUUGAUGACUGUUGCAUAUCUCUGUCCAGAGUUGUUGAUCUCUGCUCAAUAAAGUUUGUUUUAUAUUAAACAAAA